AUGGGGAGAGGAAGGAUUGAGAUUAAGAAGAUUGAGAAUGUCAACAGUCGUCAAGUCACUUUCUCCAAGAGACGAAACGGUCUGAUGAAGAAGGCCAAAGAGCUCUCGAUUCUCUGCGACGCUGAGGUUGCUCUCAUCAUUUUCUCCAGCACCGGCAAAAUCUACGAUUUCUCCAGCGGCUGUAUGGAGCAAAUCCUCAACAGAUAUGGUUACAGUGCUUCAACGGCUGAGCAUAAACAAAGAGAGCAGCAGCUUCUACUUUGUUCUUCACAAGACAAUGAUGCUGUGAUGAGGAAAGAUGAUACUAUGAAGAGCGAACUCCAGAGAUUACAGCUCGCAAUUGAGAGACUGAAGGGUAAGGAGCUUGACGGCAUGAGUUUCUCUGAUCUUAUUUCUCUUGAGAACCAGUUGAAUGAUAGCUUGCAUAGUGUCAAGGAUCAAAAGACGAAAAUGCUGCUCAACCAGGUAGAAAGAUCCAGGGCACAGGAGAAGAGAGCACUGGAAGAAAACCAAAUCUUGCGCAAACAGAUAGAGAUGUUGGGGAGAGGCUCAUCAGGACCAAAAGGAUUGAGUGAAAGACCUCAAUUUUCCAGCCCACGAGCCGAUGCCGAGAGCUCUUCAUCAGACGAUGAUGAUGAUAAUGACAAUGAUGAUCACCAUUCCGACACUUCCUUGCAAUUGGGGUUGUCAUCGUCAGGGUAUUCAAAGAGAAAGAAGCCGAAGAUUGAAUUGCUCUGCGAUAACUCUGGGAGUCAAGUGGCUUCUGAUUGA